UGGAGAGUCAAUCAAUUGUGAUUUUGGACAAUCAGCAUGAGGGAGCGGCAAAGGUGAAAAUUACGAGAGGCAAAUCUAGAAGGCCCAAUAGAGUGGAAACUGUGUUCUGUCGAAUCUAACAAUCCAAUCCAGAUCAAGUGGGAUUGGGCGUGGGGAGUCGCUGAUCACUGAUCAUCACUGUUCACUGCUAGGUUUUUUUUUUUUUUUUUUUUCCAUCUUCAGGAGAGAUGCAGAAUCAGGAGGGUGAAUUAGUAGAUGGGCAAAAAGCUUCUGAAUUUGAAGAUUGGUCAAGUUUCGGGGAUGAUGAUAUUAUGAAGCAACACUCUGCAAUUCGAUCAGCUGAAGCCGAUAAAAUUCCUUUUCUUGGUGACAAGGAGCCUCUUUCUGCAUUAGCCGCUGAAUAUCAAUCAGGGAGCCCUAUUUUGCUUGAGAAGAUAAAGGUCCUCGCCGAGCUGUAUGUUGCUAUUAGACGAACGCGUGGAGAUGGCAACUGCUUCUUUCGAAGCUUCAUGUUCUCGUACCUUGAGCAUGUUUUGGAGACACAAGACCGGGCAGAAGUUGAUCGUAUCAAAACAAAGGUGGAAGAGUGUAGGAAAACGCUUCAGACUUUGGGUUAUGCUGAUUUUACCUUUGAAGAUUUCUUUGCGCUAUUCCUGGAGCAGUUGGACUGGGUUCUUCAAUGUAAUGAAUCUUCAGCAAGUCACUAUGAGCUCAUAAAUAGGAGUCGAGACCAGUCAAUAUCAGACUAUGUUGUCAUGUUUUUCAGAUUCGUUACUUCUGGGGAAAUACGGAAACGAGCUGAUUUUUUUGAACCCUUUGUAUCGGGAUUAACAAAUGCAACAGUAGAACAGUUUUGCAAAUCAUGUGUGGAACCUAUGGGUGAAGAGAGUGACCAUGUGCACAUUACUGCCCUAUCAGAUGCACUGAGUGUGCCAAUUCGCAUUGUAUACCUUGACCGCAGUUCUUGUGAUACAAGGGGUUUAAGUGUAAAUCAUCACGAUUUCAUUCCUGCUACUGAUGCUCUACUGAAUUCUACUGGUGGUGGUUCAGUGACCAAGAUUCCUUUCAUUACUUUACUUUAUCGGCCAGGUCACUAUGAUAUUCUCUACACUAAGUGAUUCCUCGCACACUCUGGCUAUUAACGAUUCUUGACAAAUGUUGGGACUGUGAAGAUAGAAAGUGACUCGUGGUGGGAACCUAAUUUUGUAAGGCAAAGGUCUAAGCUCAUUUGCUUUAUGCUGUAGCUUGUGAAAAAUGUUCAAAUGCCUCUGAACUCUGUGAGUGGGGACAUAGAUGCAAGGUUACUAGAAAAGAUGGGAACAUCAGUUGCAAAAUGGGAACAACAUCAGUUUCAAUCAUAUCUGUGAAAUUGCUAUGUUGGAGGCAAUUUUAUCUUGAUGCUGAUUUUUUUUUUUUUCAAUUUCUUUAACAGCUUCUUGUGUUUUUUGUCUUACCGGUACAAGAGUGUCAAAUUUCAGAUGUCAAGUCUGCAAUUAGUUUGAGAUUAUGUGGUAACUAGUAAGACAUGCUAUAGCAGUUGGUUACCAAGUAUGUUGUCAUAGGUAUCAUAGCUAAUAGUUGGCAAAAUCAGUCUUGCAUUAUCAUUGCUUCCUUAUUUAUGGUUAUCAUCAACCAAAAAUUAGAGGGAAAUUUGUGCAGAAUGUUAGUAGAUUUCCUAUAUUGGAGUGUUAGUGGAUUUCCUA